CAGAUGGACCAGUCGUCUCCAUCCUACACGCUUGCCAACUUAACCCACCUGCACUCCGAGCAGCUCCUGCAAGGCUUGAACCUCCUCCGGCAGCACCACGAGCUCUGUGACAUUAUCCUCCGCGUGGGCGAUGUCAAGAUCCACGCCCACAAAGCCGUGCUCGCCAGCAUCAGCCCCUACUUCAAAGCCAUGUUCACCGGGAACCUUUCCGAGAAGGAGAACUCGGAGGUGGAGUUCCAGUGCGUGGACGAGGCAGCCCUGCAGGCCAUCGUGGACUACGCCUACACGGGGACCGUGUUCAUCUCACAAGACACCGUCGAGUCGCUUCUCCCAGCUGCCAAUCUCCUCCAGAUCAAGCUGAUCGUGAAGGAGUGCUGUGAGUUCCUGGAAAGCCAGCUUGAUCCCGGCAACUGCAUCGGCAUUUCCCGCUUUGCCGAGACCUACGGCUGCCACGACCUCUACUUGGCUGCCAACAAGUACAUCUGCCAGAACUUUGAAGAUGUUUGUCAGACAGAAGAGUUCUUUGAGCUCACGCAUUCCGAGUUGGAUGAAAUCGUUUCCAACGACUGCUUGAACGUGGUGACAGAGGAAGCCGUGUUCUACGCCCUGGAGUCCUGGAUCAAGUACGACGUGCAGGAGCGGCAGAAGUACCUGGCGCAGCUCCUGCACUGCGUCCGCCUGCCGCUGCUCAGCGUCAAGUUCCUCACCAGGCUAUACGAAGCGAACCACCUCAUCCGUGACGACCAUACCUGCAAACACCUCCUCAACGAGGCUCUGAAGUACCACUUCAUGCCUGAGCACAGACUUUCUCACCAGACCAUGCUGAUGACGCGCCCUCGCUGCGCCCCUAAAGUUCUGUGUGCGGUGGGAGGCAAAGCCGGGCUGUUUGCCUGUUUGGAAAGCGUUGAGAUGUACUUUCCCCAGAACGACUCCUGGAUCGGCCUGGCCCCUCUGAGCAUUCCCCGCUAUGAGUUUGGAAUAUGUGUCCUCGACCAGAAGAUAUACGUUGUAGGAGGGAUUGCAACCCACGUGUGCCAAGGCAUCAGCUACCGAAAGCACGAGAGUUCCGUGGAGUGCUGGGACCCCGACACCAACACCUGGACAUCUCUUGAGAGGAUGUUUGAGAGCCGCAGUACUCUGGGGGUGGUGGUGCUGGCAGGAGAGCUCUACGCCCUGGGUGGCUACGAUGGGCAGUCUUACCUACGGACUGUGGAGAAAUACAUCCCUAAGGUGAAGGAAUGGCAGCUGGUGGCCCCAAUGAACAAAACCAGAAGCUGUUUUGCCGCAGCUGUCCUGGACGGGAUGAUCUACGCCAUCGGUGGCUAUGGUCCUGCCCAUAUGAACAGCAUGGAGCGCUACGAUCCGAGUAAGAACUCCUGGGAGACGGUGGCUUCGAUGGCCGAUAAGCGGAUAAACUUUGGUGUGGGUGUCAUGCUGGGCUUCAUUUUCGUGGUGGGGGGACACAAUGGUGUGUCUCACUUGUCGAGCAUCGAGAGAUACGAUCCUCACCAAAAUCAGUGGACUGUGUGUCGACCCAUGAAGGAACCCAGAACAGGGGUUGGUGCAGCUGUGAUUGAUAACUACCUUUAUGUGGUUGGAGGUCAUUCAGGGUCAUCCUACCUGAACACUGUACAGAAGUACGACCCCAUCUCCGAUACCUGGCUGGACUCUGCUGGGAUGAUGUACUGUCGAUGCAAUUUUGGUUUGACUGCACUUUGAUGAAAAACAAGACUUUACAGGCCUGGUGCAAAGAUGGAGCUUCAUCUGCUUGAAUAAAAACCCUGCUGGGGGAGACAGCAAGCUGCAUUUUCUCCAGUUGGAAAAGUGGGAGGAAUGUG